AUGAGCAUCGCCAAAGAUACAGUUAUACCAGGCGUUUCAAGAAACAAUGUCCUCCAGGAAUGGAUAGAAAAGAACAUCAUUAAGUUGCAUCCACGUCUUGUUAUUGGAAAGAGUGAACUUGGAGGGAUUGGAUUACAAUUCGAAGGUGUGAUUGAUGAAGAGCUUGGUGAAGAUGAGGAUCUCGAAGUGCUCCGUGUACCUUACGAUGUCACACUUGACUACAUGAACUUAUUACCCAUGUUGGACGGAUUGAAAGAGAGGGAUCAAAACACUUCUUUCGAGCAUCAAAACGUGAAGGAGUCAGAAUUGAUUGUCAAUGUGCUUACAGUGAUGGAACCCCAUACAGAAACUCAUAUUUUAUGUUGCUACGUGAUAGCUUUCUAUAUUCUUAGAGAAUUAAGUAUCUCCGGAAAAUAUCAUCUGACCAGUCCAUUACGAAUCUAUGAUCAGUAUUUGGACAUUUUGUUAGGCACUGAAGUGAUGGGAUUCCCACGGAAAGAUGAAAGCUCCGAUAAGUUUAUCUCAAGUGUCAUACAGGAGGCACAAACCUGCAAAUUCGAGUAUGAGUCGUUCGUGGAAAGCAUGAAUAUUCUUUACAGAGAAAAAGAGAUUGAGUUUGAGCUGAUACUCUCAUUCGAAACAUUUUAUCAAUUGAGUAGGGCCAUUAGAUCGAGAACUUUAGAAAUUCCCCAUGGCAUAGAACAGAAGGAUAAAGAAGAGCUCGAAGAGACAUUUCAGGAACUUCAUAUCAAGGAACCUGAUCACGAUGGAAAAACUGCAACAAUCUCCAAUGAUAAGGAUUUCAUCACUAAUAUCACCUUGGUACCAAUUUUAGAUUUUGCUAAUCAUUUUCAUAACAACAAUGCCUAUUUUGAUGUGGACGCAAAUUCGAAAGCAGUGUUAUUGAAGAUCAAGAGGUCUCAUUUGAAGCAUGGAAAAUUCGAGGUUACCAUCUCGUACUCUCCGGUUGAGAGUGUUGGUCAUUUUGUUCGCACUUAUGGGUUUAUCCCUCAGAUAAAGACUGUGAACGAGGUCGAACAGGAGGAGCAAGUAGACCACUUCCAAUUACUCGAAUUGUACUUGCAGGUCGAGCACGAAGUAUUGCUCAAAUCUAAAUGGUUGCAAAUUGUGCCACAAGUCCAGUUAGUAUUGACACCAAACGAUGCGUACAUCAAUCUACACGAUAGCAAUCUUCCCUUGCUCUUUGACGAAGACAUACAGUACAAUAGCAAGUGGCCCGAAGUUGCUUCUGCUCAUUUCAGACGUUACAACAGCAUCCCAGACGAGGUGGAACUUGAUGAUGCCGAAAUCAUCGAUUUGUUAAAACACCAAGAAGAAGCAUACGACAUUAUUAAUGGCGUGCCGCCAAUAGGGGUGACGGUCAAAGGGGAGCAAAUUACCAAUGAUCAUGCUUUUGACACCACAGAAGAGAUGAUUACAAAGUGUGUUGCUUAUAUCAUCACCCUGAGUCGUGGCCUAGUCAAUCAGAAACUGUCCGAUGAUGGAUGCUUCGGGAACGUGUUGGACAAUGUGAUCGAGUUGAGGAACCACACUCUACAAUUACUAAUUAGAAAGCAUGACUCAGGAAAGUCUAUUCUCAUUCCUGAUCAUCUUGCCCGAGAAGAAUGGAGUGCUUAUUCAACCGCACCUAAGCAAUUGGCACUAGACUAG